AUGCAGGACUCCUCCGAGGACCGCCCCAAGCAGCAGUCCGCCUCUCCCGCCCCCUUCAGUCGCUUCGAUCGUCCGCGUCAUCGCAGCCGCGCAAGCACCGUCGGAGCUACCAUCCCGGAGAUCCUCUACCCAAACGCCCUCAACGCGUCGCCGGAAAGCAAUGCCUCGGGCGAGAAGAAGGACAUCUUUGCCGCCAAGCGCGAUGGCGCCGAUGACGACGAGGAGGCCGACCCCAGCGUUCGGCUUCCUCACACCUUUGAGGACCUGCCCAUAGAGAUCAGGAGCUUGGCCGAGAGGUUUCUGGAUUCCCUCUCCGCCCGCGUUCAUCCAACGCCCCUUAGUAUCGAGCAGCUCUCGGAGAUGUUCCAAGACUUUUACGUCCGCGCCUCUGCCCAGAUAGAUACGCAUAUAGCUGCUCUAUCUACGAGAUUAUCCCGUCAACAGUCGUCUACAUCAAUGUCAACGCGUUCUUCUAGAAGCUCGUUGCGGAAAGCGAGUGAUCCGGGAAGGUCGGACCAGCAGAUGCUGACAGCUUCCGAGAUAUCGGAUCGAAAAAAGGCGCGCCGGUUACUGGAGCACAAACGCGUGGCUUUGGAAGAGACCGUGGAACGAUCCGUCUGUGAAAAGGUGUAUGAGAAGAUAUGGCGCCACCGAAGCACGGAUGAUGGGGAGAGAGACGAGAAGCUCCGUUCUAGAACCGCAGCUUUAUCGGUUGUGGGAAUUGGUCUCAAAGAGCUUCUCGGCCACGGCGAGGAAAUUACGCCCGCCAUGCGCGAGUCCAUGACUGAGAAGGAGGCCAAGAUACCAGAACUCUUGUCUGGCGCUCGCGAGAGCAUCCAAAAGAUGAACGAGGAGAAGUACCCUCUUGGCAAGCUGCAGCAUCUGACGGCAGCGCACAAGAGCAUUGUGGAAACAUUAUCCCAGAUAUUCCCGAGCUCGUCAUCCGCCGACGAGAUUCUGCCCACCCUCAUAUACACUCUUAUCACGUCACCACCGGAGAACAUAUGUGCGAUAAGUAAUCUUUACUUUAUUCAGCGGUUCAGAACUACAAGUAAGAUAGACGGAGAAACCGCAUAUUGCUUGGUUAAUCUUGAAGCUUCCAUUGCCUUCCUGGAAAACGUCGACCUCUCUACGCUUAGGGAGGGCGAAGUCCCCGAGGGUCCUGCCAAGUCAACCAGCCGACCCUCUACCCCGCGGCCGGAGAGCCAAUCAGCACCACCUAUGGAUCUCGGAAUAUCUUAUCCGCCUGGUCAUGGCAAGGCCAACCUUGAACCUAUUGCACCAGCAGCAGCAAACCGACCUGCCCCGCAACCUCUCCCAUCACCGCUUAACGCAUCUCAGCGGCGUCUCAGCAACCUCAUCCAGGCUCAGACUACGCGCAUCGAGGCUGCGAGUGAGUCCGCUCGACAGGCUGUCCUCGACGGCGCUGACGUGGCCCUCGACUCUUUCAACAACACACUGGACAACAGUCUAAAGUUCCUAUUCGGUCGACUCAAGGAACAACAGGUCUCUGACUCAGCUGACGGCACCGGGCGUCCCAAGACACUGGAAGACGUGCGCAAGCUAGUCAGCACACCCCCACUAAACGAAGACGACAACGCAAGUGGAGCAAGCUCGCUCUUGGAAAAAGACAGCGACGAGCCGCCCAACGCCGCCGCCGGACGCAGCCGCAGCGACAGCCGCAUUACCGACCUCUUCGGCGGACGGCGCGCCCACCGCGACAACAGCGUCGACAGCGCCAAGUCGGGCAACAGCGGUAGCAUGAGCAGGCGCCCAACCUUCACGCCCACAAGCGACCCGCUUUCCUCGCCAACUCUGAACACGACGGAAGCGCCGCCCAAGUCGCCCGCGCCACCCCAGCCGCCCUCGACGCCCGGCAACGUCGCCGUCGAGUCGAUGCGCAACCUGGGUAAUACACUGAACCCGCUGCGCGGGUUUGGCGGCAUGGCGAUGCUGCCCCGCUUUGGGCGCUCGAACACCACGCCCGCGCCUGCUGCUGCUGCUUCGCCGGAGAAACCGCGCCAGGCCAGCCAGGGCGAGGCGCCAAAGUCGCCGGCGGUGCCUCCCGCUACGCCGGUGAUGGGGACGGAGACAUCGUCGGCGGCGGCGGGGCAGGCGGACGCAAAGGCGCAGCGGGCGCAGGAGCGGCUGGACGAGCUGGCGAGGGCGCAGCCGCCGGCGAAGAAGUUUGUCGAGGUCAAGGAGGCGGUGGAGCUGAGGCUCGGCGAGGUCGAGGAGCUGUUGCGCGAGUAUCAGCGCUUGGCGGGCGUGGUGAACGAUGCGUUGAGGCCGUGA